AUGUCCUAUAGAUACUAUAGAAAUCUCCAAAAUAAAAACGAAUGUACAGGUAAUACAUUAACCUACGCCGGUCUUAAAGACCACAACGGAAAGCCCGAAAACUGUACAGACUGUGAGCCUGGUUAUUUUGCCGAAGUCGAAAAUAUAUGUAUGAAAUGCCGAAGAGGUUAUUGGUCUCGUGUAGCCCCUAAAGAUUAAGAAAAAACAUAAUUAACAGGCUGUACUUUAUGUGCUGAUGGUUUUUAUUCUUUCGAUAAUGAAACUUGUAUUGAAUGUCCGGCUAAUCAUAUCGGAUCUGGUCCAAAUUAAUAUGGAGGAGUUGGCGCUCAUAUAAGAAUUGCAUGUAAAAGUUGCCCGGAAGGAAUGGUGUCACCUCCAGCGACACCUAGUGUGGGUAAAUGUGCUUUUUUGAAUAUUAUUAAAAUUUUUUUGGGAAGCUUUUUUUUUGGGAUUUUUCUGUGA